AUGAUGCCAAAGCAGGUCUACUUUGACAUGUCCAUCGGCGGCGAGCCCGCGGGCCGCAUCGAGAUGGGCCUCUUCGGUGGAGCGGUACCCAAGACGGCGGAGAACUUCCGCGCGCUCUGCACCGGCGAGAAGGGCUUUGGCUACGCCGACUCGCCGUUCCACCGCGUGAUCCCGGGCUUCAUGUGCCAGGGCGGCGACUUUACGAACGAGAAUGGGACCGGCGGGAAGUCCAUCUACGGGACCAAGUUUGAGGAUGAGAACUUCGACCUCGGACACGGCGGCCCAGGCACCCUCUCGAUGGCCAACGCGGGCCCAAACACAAACGGCUCCCAGUUCUUCAUCUGCACCUCCGACACCUCCUUUCUCGACGGCAAGCACUGCGUGUUUGGAAAGGUUACUUCAGGCAUGGACGUGGUGAAGAGGAUCGAGAAGGAGGGCUCGCAGAGCGGAGCGACGCGCCGCCCGGUCCGCGUCGCCGCGUGCGGCGUGGUGUGA